AUGUAUCAUCACAGUCUUCGUCAAGAUGUUUUUAUAAAGGACGAGUACCAUUAUUUAAACGUUUCUAAAGUUGGAACGUUUACAGUGUAUGACAGCCUUGACUGCACCUUUGAAUGCCUCGGCAAUCCUUCCUGUUUGUCCUUCAACCUGGCAGCUUACAAAGGAGCAGAUGGAAAGUUGUGGUGUGAGUUGUUAUCCUCAGAAAAGUACAGCAAUCCUGAGGAAUAUAAAAGGAACGAGAGUUUUCAUCACUUUUCCAUCAAGGUGGGGUAAAAUCUUUGCAUAGAGUUUAUUAAAGUAAGAUAUUUUUUGAUAUCCCAGUCUAUGCGAUUUUUAAUAACCUGUCACGAACACUAAUCGACGUAAAAGUGACUACUGCACGUAACAAGUCGGAGUUAUUUAGUCGAAUGUCACUUUCUUCUUUUUUUCUUACUUCUGCAAUCAACACUUUUACGCAAAACAAAAUUACCUUAAUUAUAUGGCAUUUCACAUCAACCUUUUUCUAAAAUUAUUUCAGACUCCAUGUAUGUCAUCACCUUGCCAGAACGGAGGCACCUGUGUAGCGAACUACAAGUAUCACUCGUUCGACUGCCGUUGCAAAGAAGGGUUCUAUGGGGAAUUUUGCGAAAAAGGUAAUUGAUAUUCAGACCGGGCCCUCCGUUCAAGUUAGGACAACCAAACUUAGCGGCUUUACCUAAAAUUUAUCUAGGAAAAUUUUAAAGGCGUUGUGACCUGUACGUCACCAUUGAUGUUACCAUGGCAACCGAGUUUUGACAGCCAUGUUUUUCAGAAUUUGCUUUUUCUCUUAAAAAAAUAGGUUUAAUUUAUUUCUUUUUUUUACUGAUUGAAUUAUUACGUUAUCUACUUCUUUUUUUCAGUUGCCAAGUCCUCAUGCCAAAACGUUUAUAAUCAGCUCACAGAAAAGUGAGUAAACCUAUGCAUAGUAAUUUAAUUGAUGAGGAUAGAUCACUUAAAGUCCGGGGGGAUCAUUCGGAGUGCGUCAGUACUGUGUUUAUAAGCCAAAAAUCAGCCGUCAGGCCUCAAAAACGGAAUACAAUUGUGUUGCAGGGAAAGUCGAUAUCACUUAAUUAAUUGUACAUGUUAGAAUUCGUAUCGUGGCUGAUGAAUUCUAUUUCAGCCUUUGUUCUCCACUCUGGAAACUUAGGGUUAUUAGAGACCUAAACUUGUAAAAACUGUUGAAUUUUUAAAACAAAUGAUUGGUACUGUUAAGAUAAUAAAAACCAUAAUCUGUGAACACCACCAUCCUGCAAUGAAGGCCCUCCAGCAAAAAAAGUUGUUGAUGAAAUGCGGUUGAAUCCCGCCGUUUCGUUUAAUACGAACACCCGUAUAAAAUGAAUGAUUCGUUUGUACCGACAAAAGUUCAGAUAUUUCAGUGCUCAUAAGUAAACCUGGUUAAUAUGGAAAACAAACACUUUUCUUGUGUCCCGAGUCCCAAACUGUCAUAUAAUAAUUAUCGUAAACUUCCCCGGAAGGUCCUCAAUUAAGUUUUAUAGGGCAAGCUUAGCCCUUAACUCCUUACGUUUUAUGCCCAUCAUUUUUGCAGAAAAGGUACUCCUUUCGUAUACCAUUCCAUUCGUCUCUAAUGGUUAAAGGUUCGAGUGGCUUGUUGCAGGCACUUCAUCCCCAGGGGGUACUCAAAUAAAUUUUUACGGUGAUACUCAACAAAUUUUACGGUGAUAAUCCCCCCUAACAAAUUUUACGCCCCCCGAGGUCCACGUCCUUACCUUUUCACAUACCUUUUUGGCGGUUGAGGGGUGGACUUUAUCCCCAGGGGGUGGCUUGUUACAGGCAUUUUAAAAUGAGCUCAGACCAUACAAGGGCCAAUAGGAAGAAAGACUACCUUAUCAAAAUCAAACCUGCACGCUAUUUUAAUUGGAGUUUUUUUUUUUAGUAACAAAAUCGUAUUAACCCACAGAAAUCUGUAAUUAUUUGAAAAGGUUCAUUGUAUGCAAUUAGUGCGUGGUUGUGACAAGGAAAUAGACCGUGGCAGCUAUAGGUAGCCAGUGGUCACCAGUGUCCAUAAAGCAGGGUUGACGACAUGAGAAUUUAAGUCUUCGGAACACAGAAAAGUGUCCGUUCUCCGUCUCAACCGUUGUCCUUAUUAAACGGGUUGGAGAAAGUACGUGAGCUUCAAUAAUUAAAACAUGCAAAACUGACUACUGAAUAUCUGUGUAACAUGUUCUGAGUAGUUGUCAAGAAAAACCAAUCCAAGUCUUAUAUGUAGCUAGCGGGUAAAACAUGUGUCCUUUGCCGUCAGAUGGGAAAAAACAUCAUGCGCACCUUUUUUUCGGUUUUUCGGUCGCCCCUUUCGCCUUCCCUCUGAACAUCUGCUACACUGUUUAGCCAUCUUCGAUGUCCGAAUUUAAUUGCUACAGAACACUUUAGUCAAAUACACUUUAUUAAAGUUAGGUGAAGAGCAGCACAGCUUGGUAUUAUAAUGCAAAAAUAAAUAUCAACCUGUGCUUGAGGUGAAAUUAUAUCAGUCCAAAGUACAUUAAUCGUGUAGUAGCUCCUAGUAACAUGAUGGGGAACCUGACAAAUUUAGAUUUGACUGAGAUUGUACUGAAUUCCAUUCAUUUAUUUUUGUAAGAAAAAGAGAACCUUUUUUUUUUUACAACCAGUUAAGGUACAUUCCAUUUUUUUCUCUCCGACAGUUGGGAGCUGGAAAAAUUAAAAUGAGAUUUCAUUUUGUACAGGUUGAACGUGAGUCGGUUUGUCACUCUCCUCCUUGACUCCAAACUAGUUUCAGUUCUCUGUCACUUUGGAAAUUUUGGAUGCGGAGAUGGAGGAUGGACACCGGUCAUGAAGAUGGACGGCAACAAGGUAAGACAUUUGUGUACGUUUUCCCUUAGUUUGGCGACGAGAGUGGAAAAAAAAAAAUAAAUACAGGUUUGCCUCUGUCAGAGGUAAUUUUCAACAGGGGCACCCAACGAGGAUAUAGUUCAAAACCACUUAACAUAGCAUUGUUGAACGUAUUUUAGUAUUCAAACGGUAGAUAUAGGCAUAUUUUUAUCCCCUAAAAACGUUUCAUCUGUUCGGAUUUCCUAGCUGAAAAUCUAGUUAUCCGAAAAUGAUAGGGAUAAAAACUUACCUUUUUAUUCUAUCGGUGACCAUUAACGUCAUUUUGCGUGCUGUGGCUAAAUUGUCAUUUUAUAAAGCUGGAGAAGUGAGGACAUUGCAGAUAUUCUUUUCAUUGUAAUGGAUCUUUCAUUCUUUCUUUUUUCUUCUCCUGAAAGGAUGUUAUCUUUAGAAGAAAAAAGAAGCUUAAAUUUCAACUUUUCUUUUUAAAGGACAUUUUUGCUAUUUCUUCCUCCUUUCUACCACAGCAAACAUUUCAUUACGAAACAGCCUUUUGGAGAAACAAAGAAACCUUUCACCCUGACGGAGGGAAAACUGGGUUUGACUCACAGGAAACCAAACUUCCCUCCUACUGGAACACAUCCUUCUCCAAGAUCUGCCUCGGUAUGAAGAUCAACAACCAGACCAAUUUUAUUGUCAUUAACAAGCAGGCGAACUCCUUGUACUCUCUGAUCGCUGAUGGGCAAUAUCGCAGCACCUCACUGGGUCGUGACAAGUGGAUGUCACUGAUUGGUUCUAAUGCCUCAUUGCAGCUGAACUGUAAAAAAGGAAGGGUUCAACGCAAAGUGUACCUUGAGUGGUCGUUCCAAAGCAAGAAUCGGUAUUCUCGGCAACGAUCAAACAGAUUGCCAUGA